AUGCCUCGGGUGUUCCCAGACAAGGAGGCCUUGCUUGACGCAGCCUUCUCCCUAGCAGCGGAGAUUUCCAGCAAGAGCCCCGUGGCGGUGCAGGGCACUAAAGUCAACCUGCUCUAUGCCCGCGACCAUCCGGUGGCUGACAGCCUCAACUUCGUGCGCAACUGGAACAUGAGCAUGCUGCAAACCGAUGACAUCGUGAAGUCUGUCCAGGCUGCGAUGGAGAAGAAGGAACUGAAAAGCGUCACCUUCUCCAAGCUCUGAGAGCCGGCAUGCCCUGGUCUAGCUUUGUGCUGCCUUGGUGCCUUCUCCCGCCGUCUCCCAGUUUAUAACUUUACAACACGGAUUUCCUCCAGUACAAGGCCUUAUCUUUGCCCCGUGAACAAUAAAACCAUGUAAAGAA